GAGAAAUAAAGAGCUCAAUGGCGGAAGAGGACCACGACUGGGACGCGCUGCGAAAGGAUGCCACGAAGCUCAUGGCGGCGAUCUAUUUCCAGGAGCAGCAGCUCGUCCUCAAGCGCAGAUGGCUGGGACGAAAUUGGCCCGAGACAACGCUGCGCGUCAUGGAUAAAUGCGCGUUUGUUGACGAUGAGAAAUGUAUUGCUGAGUCGUUUCUACGGAGGGAUGAUAGUAGCGAUGGCUACUCUCUGAUCCACAACGUAGUCGAGACAGCACUCGACCAUUUGAAGGAAGGAGACGAUGAUAGUGAGAAUGCGCUGGACGUAAACAAUCUGGACGGGCUCUCGAAUCUGGAAAUCCUGGAAGGUCUGCCCACGCUGAUAAGAACUCUACGCUUCUCAGAGGUGUCAGCCUUGUUCUCGACGCUCACGCAAGACACAAAGAAAAGGAAGUAUCGGGCUUGGCUGGAGCGUUCCAUCCUGCAAAAGAUCGGGCUUAGACUGGGAGAGUCUGGAGAACAGGGGCUGGAAAACGUAGUAAAGUUCUUAAGAGGCUUGAAGGGAUCGCGAGGGAAACGAAAACGAAUACGGUAUGAUACGGAAAAGCUUCCGGGAUCCACAGCAAUGGAGCUACCUCGGUUUCCGGAGGGGUGUAGUCGUAUAGAAGCUGCGAAGUUGAUACUCUCGACGCUACAGGACUUGCCACAUCGCUGCUUGCGUGCGAUGGCGGAUCUCUUGUCCGAGCAGCCUUACGAGCAACAGCAACUAUAUGUCGUCAAGAUCGGCGGUACCCGAGCAAAACUUGUGGCGCGCGUCACAAGACUUUGCGAGAACUUCUUGGAAGAGGCUACGCGAGGUGGCUCGGAUGGCUUGCCACAGCCUUUGCAGAGGGCCUUGUGGGUGAUCAGUCUCCAUGCACGUGAAGUUCAGGGGCACGACAACCAGCUUGUAUUGAAGCUAGAUGCUCUACACCCGGACACCGAGCUGCUGCAAACAAAGCUACUCUCGGCCAUCGCCCAGCUCCACGCACUUCCAUUCGAAGAACUGGAGGCGGUGUAUGAGACUUUGACACAAACCAAGAAGAACACGAUGAAACAUCCAGGAGUUUACGUCGAGUCCAUCAAGAACAUACUACGCGAGGCGCUCUACAGAUGUACGCGUCAGACGGUACCCGAGUCCGUGCAAGAGGCCGUGGACAUGGUAGUGGCAGCCAGACCGCGAAGUCUCAAGUUUUCAAGCGUAGCUGACACCCGGAACCCGAAGCGCAAGGAAGCAGAAGUGGAGGCUGUGCUGAAUCUUAGCAGCGAGCUGGCGCAAGUGAGCUGGGAGUGGAUCGAAACACAAAUGUCCGCCAAACAGGCCGACGCCGACGACGCUGACGACGAUGACUUCGACACCUUCGACUACAGCUUAUGCUCGUCCCAGCUCAAGAUCGAAGAGAAUCCGGAAGAAAAGGGGAAGAUCAACUUCGAGGAUGACGAGCAGGUGGAUUCAGUCGACAAGGAUGUCACUGGAGUUGCCGACGAGACUGCUGCGCUUGCGUAUGUUCUGAUCGGGCGAGCCAUGAAGGAGAAACUGGCUGGAGCUCUUGGACCUCGCGCUACAAAGUACCUUCGAAGCGGCGGGGAAGUAUUUGGAGACGUUGAGCCAGAGCCAACGACGUAUGGAGGCCACGAGAGUGAAGCUGACAUGGUGCUCUCGAUUGUAAAGGAGCUGCCAUCGCUACCAGAGAGCGUCGUCCACAACAUUGAAGUUCGACUGAAGGAACUCAAGCAGCAAAAAUAGAAAUCUCCGGACAACCAGGGGAGAAACCUCGUGCACAGCUUUCGUGAGAUGCAACUUGGAACUUCCGGCUCGUUUUGACUUCGUAGAACCCGGCCAGCUGCCACAAGGCUUUACAGGCCGACUCAAAGUCGACAAAACUUACCGCGAAAACCGAGGUGCAAGAAAGCUAAAGUUUCCAGACUUGUGAGCCUAUGGAGAAUUGCAGUAAGAUAGAAUUUCAAGGACUAGUCUGUGAGAUUAAAAGCGCAAGAAAGCCAAACUUUCCAGACCUGUGAGCCUGGAGAAUUGCUCUUCGAAAUCUCAAGGACUGCAUGAACUACUUAGUGAGAUUAAAAGCACUUCUAACUUUUACAGUCUGAAACGCUAUAAAAUGUCACUGAAUUGGUA